AUGACGACCGUAGCGCUCGUAGGCGCAACAGGUCUCGUGGUCCGCACCAUCCAUCUCUGAUCACAGGCAAUUGGCAAAGGAGGCUGAGACGGUAUAGGGAUCAAUCAUCUUCAACACGCUGAAAGGCUCGGAUGCAGUGAAGCACAUCUACACCUUCUCGCGCAAAGCCCUACCCGGCGACGCGAAAGUCACGCCCAUCGUGUCCAAGGACGCGACAGAAUGGACGAGCCAAUACCCCUCGGGCAGCCAGCUCUUCAUAUCCGCGCUCGGGACGACCAGAGGCAACGCGGGAGGAUUUGAAAACCAACGCAAGAUCGACUACGAUCUGAACCUUGCAAUGGCCAAAGCAGCAAGGGAAUCCGGAUCAAAAGUCUACGUCCUCAUUUCCUCAUCGGGAGCGAAUAGUAAAUCGAGCAUGGGGUAUCUCAAAAUGAAGGGAGAAUUGGAAGAGGCGGUUCAAGAGCUCGGGUUCGAGAAUGUGGUCAUAGUCAGGCCUGGGGUGAUAGUAGGAAACCGACAAGAGAGUAGGAUAGCGGAGGCGGUCUUAAGGAACGUAGCUAGGUUUGCCGGGAGUGUGAGUGGGGGUAUGUUGAAGGACUCCUGGGCGCAGGAUGAUGUUGUGAUCGCGAGAGCUGCCGUGAGGGCUGGGUUGGAUGCUGUGGAGGGCAAGGUGUCGGAUAAGUCGAGGAUACUUGGGCAAGGCGAUAUUGUGAGGUUGGGUAGGACCGAGUGGAAAGACUAG